AAUACUGCUGCAGGCCAAGAGGCUUAGGUGGGUCUCCAUGACAACCGCUGCUGGCCUGCCUCCAGGGAGCUGUGGCUCAGCUCUAGGGACAAACACACACUCUGCAAACAGCGGCCCAGCGGGCUCUCUCCUCCAGUAAAACUUCCUGGAGAGGAAGCCCAGGAAGCACAGGAGCGGCCAGCAGUGGAAGAGGCAGAGGGAGGCUGAGGAUGGAGCUCGCCCUUCCUCCCCUGCCGGUUUUUAGCCGCCAAACAUCCUACUUUCUCUAGAAAAGAUCAAGGCUCUCUUCUCCCAGACUGGGGAGCAGAAAGCAGGACCCUCACAGUGACAGUGACAGCGCCCCGAAGGCGGUGGACCUCAGGACCAUGUCCCUCAUCCCUCGGCUCCGGUGGAAUGACCCCCCGCCGCGGCUGUCAGCCCGGAGCCCGGCCGAGAUGGUGCUGGAGACCCUCAUGAUGGAGCUGGCCGGGCAGCUGAGGGAGGUGGAGAGGCAGCAGAGGGAGCGCCGCCGCGCGGUCAAGAAGGUCUGCACGGGCGUGGACUACAGCUGGCUGGCCAGCACGCCCAGGCCCUCCUAUGACCUGAGCCCCGCGGAGCGGCUGCAGCUGGAGGGCGUGUGUGCCCGGAUCCACCCGUCCUACUGCGGGCCUGCCAUCCUCAGGUUCCGGCAGCUGCUGGCCGAGCGCGAGCCGGAGGUGCAGGAGGUGGCCCGGCUCUUCCGCUCGGCGCUGCAGGAGGCCCUGGAGAAGAUGAAGCAGGAGGAGGAGGCCCACAGGCUCACGCGCCAGUGGAGCCUGCGGCCCCGCGGCAGCCUGUCCUCCCUGAAGACCCGCGCCCGCAUCGCGCCCGUCGCCAGCGACAUCCGCACCAUCUCGGAGGACGUGGAGCGCGGCGCGCCGCCCCCGCCGCGCACCUGGAGCAUGCCGGAGUUCAGGGCGCCCCAGGCCGACUGACCGCCGGCGGCCACCUGCGGAGCGGUGCUGGAGCCUCCCCACCCGCCCAGACCCGGCCAGCACCGCCCACCCCAGAGGGCGCGGACUGGCCUCCAGACCAGUCCCUGCUCCUGCCUGAUAGUGACACCAGCGGGCUCCUCCCCAUCUCUUCCCACGGUCCGGAACAGGGAACAAGUGUCUGUCCCUUUGACAAGGCCUGCAUCCUUGCCCCAACUUCCGGGAUGCCCCAUCUAUCCUACCCAUUCAGGGCACCUUUGCUGAUGACACUCACUGCAAGGGAACCCAGCCUUGGGGUCCAGGACUGCUGGUGGGGGCCACAGAGACUGUACGACCCUCUGUCCAGCCAGCGAGUGAAGGAUGGAGUUUUCUCGGGGUCUCGCUGCUUUUGCCUUAACUCUGAUGCGUCCAGCGUGGGCUGUUCCUGCCUCCGAGUCCUUGAAUACCGGGUUAUGACGGGGCAGGACCAAUGACUGUAUCUCCAACCGCUGCGGUCUUACCCGUUCCUUACCACCGCAUGGGUUAGGGUGGUUAGGUAGGGUCAUCACGUGGAGUCAGGGCUUAGAAGCCUUCAGACCUCCUGCUGGAGCCGAGGCCUCUGAAGUCCGGGGAUCCUCCUGUCCACACCUACUCUCCAGCUUUCUCUAGGAAGUGAGGUCACCUCUAACGCCUGAGCAAACCAGUCCCAGGCAUCUUCCUGCUCUAACCGAUGGCACUAGCCCACACACUCUAGGGUAGAAGUGGGGUUCAGGGGAGAGUGUGUCCCCAGUACCCAGAAAACACAAGUGAACCUUUUAAUAGCCUAAUAAAAAUCUCAGGGGAGGAAAAUCAGCAGGUAAUGCAAGUAGUCCCCGGCUCAGUGGGAAGUCUCUGCCUUACCUCUCCUCUUUCUUCCUUCCUUGCUUCCUUCUUUCCUGCCUCCCUCCUUCUACUCCUCUUUCAAGACAGGGCCUCUUUACAUGGCUUGCUGGUUAACUGAUUCUCCUGCUUUAGCCUCCUGAGCGCUGAGGUACAGAACGGGUAUUUCUCUUAAAUGACCUGGUUUUGGUACAUCAAUGGCAUCUGGAUAGAAUGAGAGGAUGACACAAUCGUCUUAGCCACCGCUGUCAGGAUGAAGGAGCUGAUUGGCUCGUUAGUAUAAUCACUUCUAAAUAAAAACACCUUUCAU